AUGCUCAGCUUUUCGGUGACAUCCCCAGCUCUGGCUCAAGCUCCAUGCGCUGCAAAAUACCAUGGCUCCCACCAGGGUAAUGCGCCGAGGAGCCGGUCAGAGCUGAAGCCGGGCCCAGCUUUCUUGUCGUUCCUUCUUCCUCUGCUCUGUGUCGCGUGCUGCGCGCCUGCCAUGAAGAGUGUGCUUGAUGCCGACUCAUUGAAGCGAGAUCUGCAAGCCAAGCUUCAGAGGCUUGUUCAGGAGGAAAGAAUAGCACAACAUCGUGCCAAUGUGGAUGACCAGCCAGCCACACUGCGUCCGCUUGAAGUGGGAGAGGUGCUGCAUGAUGACAUGCCCAAUGUCUUGCCGAAGUGGAUGCGCGAAGGCCUGCGGCCACGCGUGGCAGCAACCAUGGCAGCUCCAGGUGCUUUGGAGGAGCAGGACAACUUUUCCCUUGGAACGAGAGGACAUCCCAACAAAUGCAAGCCCGCCUGUCGUUUUCAUCGACGGAGGGGCGGAUGUCGUGAAGGUGCCUCGUGCAAAUUUUGCCAUGAGUGCAUCUUCUCGGACUCCGACCCGAAUUACCUGGGCGUGCCCCUGCACAGCUUGGGCCCAGCAUCCUCUACGCCCGUGCCACCUGGCGCCAUGCAGAGACCGAGCUCCGAAGGCGACUACCCUUCCAUAGGCUCAAUCGGACACCCUUUUUCUUGUGGGGCACCUUGCAAGUACAACUCAAAGCCGAAGGGCUGCAAGGACGGGCUCCUGUGCGACCACUGCCACCUGUGCCGGUGGAAGCGCCACACCACUGGAGCCGGACCCGUGCCGGGAGGUCGACCGAACCUUGAGAAGGAGGAGACUCUUUUUGCUUGA